AUGGCGAUUUUCGAGCUGAAAAUGGCUGCCAAUCGAGAUUUUCGACUUUCGGAUCAUGUCCGUAAAGACAACGGGAUCCUCCAGCGAACCGCCAAGAAGUUCGAGCCCACCGUCCCAUUGCACAUGAAUUUGAAGAAAUUCGAUUUCGAGGCGAUUCCCCUCUUCGAAAUGCUCAAAUACGUGCUCAUUCUCGAUCCAGAGCUCCGUCCAUCGUUCGAAGACGUCGCCAACCACAAAUUCUUUGCGUUGAACUGA